AUGCUGGCCGCCUGGACCGCGCUCCUGCUGGGGCCGCUGCAGCUGUGCGCCCUGGCGCGCGGCGCCCCGCCCGCCGCCGGCCCGUCGCUGCCCCCGCGCCCCGCCGACCCCGCGCCCCCCGCGCCCGGCGCCUGGCGCCAGCGCCUCCGCUGGGAGAACCGCGGGCAGGUGUUCAGCCUGCUGAGCCAGGGCGCGCGCUACCAGCCCCAGCGCCGCCGCGACCCGGGAACCGGCGCCGCCGCCGCCGCCAGCCCGCGCACCCCGCUCCUGCUGCUCCGGGACCGGGACCGAGACAACCGCACCGCGCCCGCCGCGCGCCCCGGCCUCCGCGCCCGCCCGCCCGGCCCCGCGCGCGUGGACGGCAUGCUGGGCGACGACCCCUACAACCCCUACAAGUACUCGGACGACAACCCCUACUACAACUACUACGACACCUACGAGCGGCCCCGGCCCGGCGGCAGGCACCGGCCGGGCUACGGCACCGGCUACUUCCAGUACGGUCUCCCCGACCUGGUCCCCGACCCCCUACUACACUCCAGGCGUCCCACAUACGUGCAGAGGAUAUCCAUGUACAACCUGCGCUGCGCCGCCGAGGAGAAUGCUGGCCAGAGUGUCAGCUACAGAGCAGAUGUCAGAGAUUAUGAUCACAGGUGCUAUCUAAGAUUUCCCCAAAGAGUGAAAAACCAAGGAACGUCAGAUUUCUUACCAAGCAGGCCAAGAUAUUCCUGGGAGUGGCACAGCUGUCAUCAACACUAUCACAGCAUGGAUGAAUUCAGCCACUAUGACCUUCUUGAUGCCAGUACACAGAGGAGAGUGGCUGAAGGCCACAAAGCCAGUUUCUGUCUUGAGGACACAUCCUGUGAUUAUGGCUAUCAUAGACGAUUUGCCUGCACUGCUCACACCCAGGGGUUGAGUCCUGGAUGUUAUGACACUUACAAUGCAGACAUAGAUUGCCAAUGGAUCGAUAUUACAGACAUCCAACCUGGAAACUACAUUCUCAAGGUCAGUGUGAAUCCCAGCUAUCUGGUGCCUGAAUCGGACUAUUCCAACAACGUGGUGCGCUGUGACAUUCGCUACACAGGACAUCAUGCAUAUGCCUCGGGCUGCACCAUUUCACCGUAA